GAGCACGCCUAGAUAAUUGAGAUCACGUAUGACAGUCCCCCGCUUGGCUAGUGGUUAAGGGCAUAAAUAGUCUCCAAGGUCCGGCAAUGAACCUGUCUUGUUAAACGUAAACCCCCUCAAUCUGCUGAGACCCGAAUUAAACUCGCAGCAAAUUAUUUACGCAAAUCAUGGCGGACUCUAUCAAGAACGUGGUUAUAGUUGGGGCUUCGGGGAAUUUGGGAAAGGAGGUCCUUCAAGAGCUGCUUAAAGCUGGCUUCAAGGUUACCGCGUUCGCACGUGAGGAAUCGACAGCCACAUUCCCGGCCGAGGUAGCCACUAAAAAGGUUAAUUAUCAGUCUGUCGAGUCGCUAACCGCCGCCCUUCAAGGGCAAGAUGCGGUCGUAUCCACGAUCGCGACGGUGGCUAUCGGCAGUCAGGUCCCGCUGGUAGACGCCGCGAUCGCCGCCAAGGUGAAACGGUUUAUCCCAUCCGAGUUCGGCAUCAAUACGAGAACCGUAGAAGGUACGCCGAUCGGAAAAAUUCUCCAGGGCAAGGUCCAAGCUCUCGAUUAUAUCAUUAGCAAGUCUCAGGAGAAUCCGUGGUUUACGUGGACCGGCGUCUCCAACGGAAUCUUCUUCGAUUGGGGGCUUAAAUACGGAACCGUAGGGUUUAAUAAGGAUACGAAGACUGCGACCAUCCACGACUCCGGAGACGAGCCAGUCCAGGCAUCGAAUUUGGCGUUUAUCGGCAAGGCUAUCGCGGCUAUAUUGUCGCAGCCGGAGAAGACAGCUAACCAGUAUCUCACGAUCGCGUCGUUCAAUCCGUCCCAAAACCAGAUCCUAAAGAUCGUGGAAGAGGAGACGGGCGAGAAGUGGAAGGUAGAGCAUGUCAGCACCGCGGAGCUGGAGAAGAUCGGACUGGAAAAGUUAAGCAAGGGGGAUUACAGCGCAUUCUCCAACUUCUUGCGGAGCCACAUCUACGCGGACGGCGUUGGCCGCGCCGUUUUAGGAGACAAAAAUGCGAUUGGCUUACUCGGGUUACAAGAAGAAGAUUUAGCGGCGACGGUAAAGGAGUGGCUACGUGGCUAAGCGCAAAUUACAUGUAAUUAGGAGAUAUUCUGGAAUUUGACAGGCGGCUUUGAUUACCGUUCGCGUACGUACGACUAGAUAGCCA